AAGCUCAAAAGGCUUUACCCAAUCAAAUCUUCAUCUCACCCACUAAACUAAUCUCACGCCCUUUUCCUAAGCCCUAUAAAAUACGCAGCUUCGAACGCCUCGGGCAUUCAAAAAAUUUCAAGUUCGCAUUCACAUCCGCGCAUUCAAGUUCGCACUUACAUCCGCGCAUUCAACUCCGCACUCACAUCCACGCGUUGCAAGUGUCGAAGCUGUGCGCGUUAAAAUCGUUUUAAACUUAGAAUCCGUGCCUCAAUUAAACAACCACCGAGCUUCCGAGGUCAGCCCAGAACCGACUUCAACCACAAAGCCUUCGAAGACAGAGGGACCUGACAUAUUUAUCAAUCAGAGAGUAAGUUAGUUUUUAUUCAGUCACUUACCGGAUUCUCCUAAUUCGCUGAUUAAUUAUCGGUUAAUGGGCAAAAUUUACAUCCCAAGAAAAUCGCGACCCCAUCGCCAUCGUCCGAAUCGUCUCCGGGAAUACUUCAGGAGGCAAGUCGUUAUCCUCGAGUGCCUCUGGGCAAUUCUAAGGAUAAGGGCACGUGAGAAUUUGCGCCAGGAACCGGCUCCUGGAUGGGUGCCAUUUUUGGAGAUUCCUCCGCUUAUCCCAGAGGAACGCGACCCACCUUCCCCUUCCCCAUCUUCUCCGUCCCCUGCUCUCUCUAUCUCCUCUCUCCUUAUAUAUAGGACCGCUCCUGAUACCCCUCCGUACUCGCCUAUCCCCGAAGAUCCCGUUGAUCUUCCUUCCCCCUCGUACUCGCCUGUCCCCGAAGAUCCAGUUGAUCUUCCUUCUCCCUCGUAUUCGCCUGUCCCAGAGGAUCUCUCUGAUCCUUCUUCCCCCUUGAGUCCUGCGCCUAGCGUGGAAUUCAUAGAGGAAAUUCCCCCUCCUCCCUCACCAGUGAAUUCCACGUCCAGCGUGGAAUUCCUGGAAGAAGUAAUUUUCCUUUCCGACCAUGAUCCUGAAGAUCCACCUCCCACCGAAUCCACGUUAUUUUAUAAUUAUUACUACUCCUAAAUAGUAAAUUAACGAAACUUACAAAUGCGUCAAUUCUAUCUUCUCCUACACAAAUGUAAUAGAAUUAAGUUUUUAUUUUUUUAUUUAAUACUAUAAAUCCUAGCGAUAAUGCAUAAUACUUAUUUCUUCAAUAACCUUUAAUUAAUUUCUUGUUUUGUUCACUUUUAUAAUUAUGUAUUCUGAUAACUGCUUAAUCGUUUCAUUUAUUAAUAAAUAAUAAUUGUCAAUUUUAAUAAAACACUAUACUUAUAACAAUAGAUAAUAGACACUAACAUUAAUUCUUAAUUAUUUGCAACUCUUGAUAAUUAAUUAUGUUCUAUCUUGUAAUUCUUAAUGUUUUCAAACCUCAAAAAUAAUGUUAAUUUCAUAUUAAACAAUGUACUUAAAUUUUAAUCUUUAGAAUAAUCAUUACCUAAUCGCUUUUAUAUUUUAAAUAAACUAACUGAUUACGUACUCCUGUUUGAGUUGAUAAUGAUCACCUUGUUACACUGGUUUCUUUUUCUAUUAAGUAACAAUAACCGAUUAUGUAUUUAUUUGCUAAUUCUUUUGAACCUUUAUGUAUGUAAAAUUCAAGUAUCAGAAUAUAUGUUAAAUUUUAGUUAAAAAGAAACUCCAAU